CCAGCCAUUACAGUUGCCACCCUUGUUACUAUAGUGGUAUGUCUGCCUGUCAUGCAUGAGAGAGGGGUUCGAUUCCCGGAUGGGGAGGUCACGGAAAAUUGUGUGAGGAUUUUGUCAACCUUCAGAAGUCUCAGAAAUGUCUCCUUGUUUGGCUUUCAGUAGAAAUCCGAACACCAGAAGAUCUGAAUGGAAUAUUCUGGAUUAAAAAAAGUGGGAAAUGGCCUCAAAUCACAAAGUCACAGCCUGAUAGAAACCAGUGUGACUUUACCUCCCAGUGAACCCAUCUCAUCCUCCAGCAUAUAGGGCAUAGGUCGGACUGGAGCCUGUAGUAGUUUACUCUCCACCUGAGUCCUGGUCUCUGACUCAGAACCCACUUAGGCCACAGAGAAAAACGCACACUGGGCCUCUCCACUGGGCCUCUGGAGAGGAGGCUCCUCGGUGUUACAAACGCUGGGGAGAACAUGAGGGACAUCCCGACCAUACACUGCGUCCUCCUUUCCCGGAUGUUGCAUUCUCUCUUGGGCUGAGCGGCGAGGUCUCUCCCGAGUCCUAGGGCCACAGCGCGAUGUCACCUCUCCUUUGAGGAAAGUGGUAAAGGAGAGAGAACAAAAUUGGAGGAGCCUAAAGCCUUCGGCGACAUGGUUUAAUUUAUUCAAGAGUCAUUAAUCUUAGAUGAGAAAAAUAACUGAAUGAAUAGAGAAAAUAAAGCGUGCAUUGGCCGGGAAUCGAACCCGGGCCUCCCGCGUGGCAGGCGAGAAUUCUACCACUGAACCACCAAUGCUACUACCGGUUAGAGGGGCUGCAGGAUCAUUUCCUAAAGCUUAGUUUCAUCCCUUAACGCGCUCUCUGGCCAUUCACGAAGGAAUCAGGCACCGUCUUAAAUCGCGGUUUGGAAAAUAUUUUGUUCAAGAUAAAACUGUUUUAAGAUAUACACAUAUAUAUCUUAUAUAUCUGUAUUCGCAUGGUAACAUAUUUUUGGGCUUCCUGAGCCGCUGGACUCGCAGCGGCCCUCCAAGGCAGCGGGCAGGCCCCUGUGCGCCUCGCGGAUCCGACCUCCCACAGCCCCGGGGAGGCCUUAGCCUCUAAAGUUGCUGCCUUUGCAGCCUCUGCCACAACGGCGCAACCUCAGAGCCAGCCGGGAGGAGCUAGAACCUUCCCCGCGUUUCUUCAGCAGCCCUGAGUCAGAGGCGGGCUGGCCUGGCGUAGCCGCCCCGCCCCCCCAUCUCAUGACCGGAUCCGCCAAAGCCUUCUCCCGCGGUCAGCGCCUCGCGGGCCGCCGAGCUGCCCGGCUGAGUCAGCCCGGGAGGCGCAAAAGGAUAAAAAUCCCGUGGAAGCGGAGCUGAGCAGAGCCAAGCCGGGCUGGCUGGAGAGAAACCGCAGGGAGGGCCUCACUGCUGAGCGCCCGUUGACGGCGGAGCGGCAGCAGCGUCCGUGGCCUCGCGCAUCAGACGAGAAGCUUCAGCCAUGCAGGCCCCACGGGAGCUCGCGGUGGGCAUCGACCUGGGCACCACCUACUCGUCCGUGGGCGUGUUUCAGCAGGGUCGCGUGGAGAUUCUGGCCAACGACCAGGGCAACCGCACCACGCCCAGCUACGUGGCCUUCACCGACACCCAGCGGCUGGUCGGGGACGCGGCCAAGAGCCAGGUGGCCCUGAACCCGGACAACACCGUGUUCGACGCCAAGCGGCUGAUCGGUCGCAAGUUCGCGGACACCACGGUGCAGUCGGACAUGAAGCACUGGCCCUUCCAGGUGGUGAGCGAGGGCGGCAAGCCCAAGGUGCGCGUGUCCUACCGCGGGGAGGAGAAGACGUUCUACCCCGAGGAGAUCUCGUCCAUGGUGCUGAGCAAGAUGAAGGAGACAGCCGAGGCCUAUCUGGGCCAGCCCGUGAAGCACGCGGUGAUCACCGUGCCCGCCUACUUCAAUGACACGCAGCGCCAGGCCACCAAGGACGCGGGGGCCAUCGCGGGGCUCAACGUGCUGCGGAUCAUCAAUGAGCCCACGGCGGCCUCCAUCGCCUAUGGGCUGGACCGGCGGGGCAAUGUGCUCAUUUUUGACCUGGGUGGGGGCACCUUCGACGUGUCGGUUCUCUCCAUUGACGCCGGUGUCUUUGAGGUGAAAGCCACUGCUGGAGAUACCCACCUGGGUGGAGAAGACUUCGACAACCGGCUGGUGAACUACUUCAUGGAAGAAUUCCGGCGGAAGCAUGGAAAGGACCUAAGUGGGAACAAGCGGGCCAUGCGCAGGCAGCGCACAGCCUGUGAGCCAGCCAAGCGCACCCUGUCCUCCGGCACCCAGGCCACCCUGGAGAUAGACUCCCUGUUCGAGGGCGUGGACUUCUACACGUCCAUCACUCGUGCGCGCUUUGAGGAACUGUGCUCAGACCUCUUCCGCAGUACCCUGGAACCGGUGGAGAAGGCCCUGCGGGAUGCCAACCUGGACAAGGCCCAGAUUCAUGACGUCGUCCUGGUGGGGGGCUCCACUCACAUCCCCAAGGUGCAGAAGUUGCUGCAGGACUUCUUCAGCGGCAAAGAGCUCGACAAGAGCAUCAACCCUGAUGAGGCUGUGGCUUAUGGGGCUGCUGUGCAGGCGGCCGUGUUGAUGGGGGACAAGUGUGAGAAAGUACAGGAUCUCCUGCUGCUGGAUGUGGCUCCCCUGUCUCUGGGACUGGAGACAGCAGGUGGGGUGAUGACCACGCCGAUCCAGAGGAACGCCACUAUCCCCACCAUGCAGACCCACACUUUCACCACCUACUCAGACAACCAGCCUGGGGUCUUCAUCCAGGUGUAUGAGGGUGAGAGGGCCAUGACCAAGGACAACAACCUGCUGGGGCGUUUUGAACUCAGUGGCAUCCCUCCUGCCCCACGUGGAGUCCCCCAGAUAGAGGUGACCUUUGACAUUGAUGCUAAUGGCAUCCUGAGCGUGACAGCUACUGACAGGAGCACAGGUAAGGAUAACAAGAUCACCAUCACCAAUGACAAGGGCCGGCUGAGCAAGGAGGAGGUGGAGAGGAUGGUUCAUGAAGCCGAUCAGUACAAGGCCGAGGAUGAGGCCCAGAGGGACAGAGUGUCUGCCAAAAACUCGCUGGAGGCCCGUGUCUUCCUUGUGAAAGGUUUUUUGCAAGAGGAAAGCCUUAGGGACAAGAUUCCCGAAGAGGACAGGCGCAAUGUGCAAGACAAGUGUCAGGAAGUCCUUGCCUGGCUGGAGCACAACCAGCUGGCAGAGAAGGAGGAGUAUGAGCAUCAGAAGAGGGAGCUGGAGCAAAUUUGUCGCCCAUCCAGGCUCUAUGGAGGGCCUGGUGUCCCUGGGGGGAGCAGUUGUGGCGCUCAAGCCCGUCAGGGGGACCCCAGCACCGGCCCCAUCAUUGAGGAGGUUGAUUGAAUGGUCCUUCGUGGUAAGUCAGCUGUGAAUGUCAGGGCUGUGGUAUGGGCCUUCUAGACUGUCUUCUAUGAUCCUACCCUUCAGAGAUGAAGGGCUGGGGGGUCUUCUCCCCAAAGCUAGAACUUUCUUCCCAGAAUGUUUCAUAACUGAAGUCUUUUGACUUUCUGUGGGGAGGGAAGUUCGUCCUCUUCUGCUUCAAAUAAAAAGUCAUUAAUUUAUUAA